CAGGCGGCGGCUGAUUAGCUCAGGUUUGCAUCACCCGGGCCGGGAUCUGGAGCUGGCGCCUGGCGCCCUCGAAACACUCGCAGCAGAAGCGGCGCCGGCUCCGCACGCGUCGGCUGUUUGGGGUCCGAGCCCGGGCGGGACCUGGAUCGGAUCCCGACCUCAGCCGCAGAAGUGCGGGCCCCGGUUCACCUGCGCUGCCCCAGAGCACCGGCAGCGCCAGGACCCACGAGGGUCACACGGGCAAGCAAGGACCCUCCCAGGGCCAGACUCAGCAGCAGCCCAGUGAGUGUGAAAUGCGAGCCACCCCUUUGGCUGCUCCUUCAGACACCCCCUCCAGGAAGAAGCAGUUGGAGCUGGAUGAUGACUUAGACACCCAGUGCCCCAUUCGGAAACGAGCUCGAAGUGGGGUCCAGCCCAGGCCAUCCCCCUUCCCACUACCUCUGAGCCCACCCCCUGCUCCAGAUCGUGCUCCUGCUGUGGCCACAGGCUCCCGGCUUGGGCCCUAUGUCCUCCUGGAGCCUAAGGAGGGCGGGCGAGUCUACCGGGCCCUGCACUGCCCCACAGGCACUGAAUACACGUGCAAGGUGUACCCGGCCCGCGAGGCCCUGGCCGUGCUCGAGCCCUACGCGCGACUGCCCCCCCAUGAGCACGUGGCGCGACCUGCCCAGGUGAUGGCAGGCACCCAGCGCCUCUAUACCUUCUUCUCUCGGACCCAUGGGGACAUGCACAGCCUGGUGCGCAGCCGCUGCGGCGUGCCGGAGCCUGAGGCCGCUGUGCUCUUCCGCCAGAUGGCCGCCGCCCUGGCGCACUGUCACCAGCACGGUCUAGUCCUGCGUGACCUCAAGCUGUGUCGUUUUGUCUUCACAGACUCUGAGAGGACAAAGCUGGUGCUGGAGAACCUGGAGGAUGCCUGUGUGCUGACCAGUCCGGAUGACUCUCUGUGGGACAAGCAUGCGUGCCCAGCAUAUGUGGGACCCGAGAUCCUCAGCUCCAGGGCAUCCUACUCGGGCAAGGCGGCUGACAUCUGGAGCCUGGGCGUGGCACUCUUCACCAUGCUAGCCGGCCACUACCCUUUCCAGGACUCAGAGCCUGCCCUGCUCUUUGGCAAGAUACGUCGUGGUGCCUUUGCCCUACCUGAGGGCCUCUCAGCUGCAGCCCGCUGCCUGGUCCGCUGCCUCCUUCGACGGGAGCCCACUGAGCGGCUCACAGCCACAGGCAUCCUGCUGCACCCCUGGCUGCAGGAGGACCGGGUCCCUUCAGCCUCAUCGCAAUCCCACCUCUGCGAGGCUGACCAGGUGGUCCCUGAUGGGCGGGGGCUGGAGGAAGCAGAGGAAGAGGAGGGAGAAAGAGAGGUAGAUCUCUAUGGCUAGGCCACCCUACCAGACUCUCAGCUGCAAACAGUGGAUUGAAUUUGGGGCGUCCUCAAGCUUUCUCCUGCCAUUUUUAACUGAGCCAAACCUUAAGUGCCUUCGAGAAGGGAGAAAGGAAGCCUGUGCAGAGUGUGCUGUGUGCCCGUCAGUGUGUUCUGCACACACACAAGGUCCGCUCGGGCGCUCCCUGUGUACCGAGCUCUCUGGUCUAGGUGCUGGGAACAUAACAGUGAGCAAAGGAGACAAGACUCACUGCUCGCACCACAGAGCUGGCAGGUUAGCAUUCUUUUUUUUUCUUCUUCUUUUUUUGAGGCAGAGAGUCUUACUCUGUUGCCCUGGCUAGAGGCCAGUGGCAUCAUCACAGCUCACUGCAACCUCCAACUUCUGGGCUCAGGUGACCCUCCUACCUCUACACUGGGCACACUUAGUACCAGUGUCAUCUACCACUUGUACUGAUGCUCAGCCACUUCUGCCUGUUGGACAGUCCCUUUCAUAAACAACCAAGCUGCCUUUGUUUUUUUUUUUUUUUUCUGAAACAGAGUCUAACUCUGUUGCCCCAGGUUAGAGUGCCGUGGUGUCAGCCUAACUCACAACAACCUCAAAUUCCUGCGUUCAAGUGACCCUUCUGCCUGAGCCUCCUGAAUAGCUGGGACUACAGGUGCCUAUCACAAUGCUCGGCUAAUUUUUCUAUUUUUAGUAGAGAUGGGGUCUAGCUCUUGUUCAGACUGGUCUCAAACUCUUGAGCUCAAGAGAUCCUCCCACCUCGGCCUCCCAGAGAGCCAGGAUUACAGGUGUGAGCCACCACCCUUGGCCCCCCAGUUGCCUUUGUAUCUUGCACUUUUUCAGAGAAAGGGAGGUAUCCCUGUGCCAAAGGCUGCAGGCCUUUCUCCUGCAAUCAGGACUCCAGAGCCCAGGCUGCACUGGGAAUUGUGCUCCCAGCAGCUCUAUCCUCUUGAUCAAGAGAUUUUCCUUCCAGGCCCAAGCCAAGGAUUUGGGCUGGAAGAAAAAAAUCCUGCAGUGUUCAAACUUUUGGCUUCUCUGCACCUUACUGGAAGAAGAAGAAUUGUCUUGGGCCACACAUUAAAUACACAAACAAAAGCUGAUUAGCAAAAAAAAACAAAAAAGAAAAA